GAUCGCGCUACAGUUACUCCCCAAUCUACAUGUAUUCCGUACCUUUCAUCUUCGCUUCUCUGGCGUUAUCCGGAGAGAAAGCAGAGUGCGUUGCUUAGCAGGUUUGCAUCGUAGAGAAUUGAAGACCGGACAUUACAACAACAAAAAUGAGUUCUAAUUUGGAGACUCGAUCGUUGCUGGAUGAGAUUCGUCACUUUGAACAGUGUGGAUUCCUUGAGCUCGGCCAUCCUCUCCUCAAUCGUGUUGCUGAAGCCUUCCUCAAAUCUGCUGGGGUAUUAUGCAGUUGGUGCGAUUCAAGCGGUGGCGCGUGAAGGCUUUUCUGCAGCUGUUCAAGGUGGAUGUAAGAAUACUAGCGCCGUCACUGGUGCUCCCAAGAAGCGUCUGCAGCGCUUCCCAGAUCUUAAAGGGGAGAAUAACAAAAAGUCAGUUGAGGCAUUGAUAACGAACACUGGAAAGGAAACUAUGCAAUGGGGAUUUGCUGCAGGAAUGUAUUCUGGUCUUACCUAUGGGCUGAAGGAGGCUCGAGGGGUACAUGAUUGGAAAAACAGUGCGCUGGCUGGGGCAGUUACAGGAGCGGCAUUGGCUCUGACCACAGAAGAUCAUUCUCACGAGCAGGUGGUGCAAUGUGCCAUUACAGGAGCUGCAAUCUCAACAGUAGCAAAUCUCCUCACCGGCGUAUUUUAAUUUUUAAGCUCUCCCCCAUGCACUUUUUUGCUCUUAUUCCUCAUUUUCUUUAUUUUGCUUCUAUUUAGAGAUCAAAUCUGUGUUCAGAUUUUGAUCCUUUUAGUUCAAAUCGGUUGUAUAGCAAUUAGUAUUAUUCAACUUUAUUUUGUCAGAGCAUUAAAUAAACCAAGGAGUAUUAUUACAUAUAU